UAUGUUUUGAUAAUGACUAUACGACUUUGACUUGAUUCCGGCUAUAAAAGCUUCGUGGUUUCUCUCGAUCAGCUCGACCCCCCGCCUCCUCCUUCCCCACCCGCCACCCCCAAAAAUUCUCCAAAGGCGAAAAAACUUUUUUUUCCCCAAAGUUCAAAACUUUUUAUUAUGAUUUUUAUGUCUCCCGAAUCACAUUGAGGUUCUUCAGAUAAGAGUUUGAAGAUUUGCAUAAUCUCCGCCAAUCCGGGCUUGGGUGAUUUUUGUCUUUUAUUCUUUUUCCCCUCCUUCUGAUCUGAUUUUUGGGCAUCCCGCAUAGCUGAUUAGGUAAGUCACUCAUCUUUUGUACUCCGUUUCCAGUCAUAUUCUAUAUAUCAUCAAGAUGUUGUUGUAUUACAUUUUGGUUUAUUUUUCUCUCUUUAUGUAAUAAGUAAAGCUGGAAGUUCUACUACUCCCUCAGUUCCCCAGAAAAGAAAAGGUAAAAAAAGGAAACUUCAACAAAUUGGACUAUUGUUUUCUGGGACUGAGGGAGUAUUAUGUUUGGAGUUUUCAAUCCCCCAGUUAUAUGUGUUAUCUGAUAUUAUUUGAUGAUACAAGUAAUUUCGUUUCUAUUGCUUAGUGUGGGCUUCCAACCUUUCAGUUCCGUGUAUGAUUGUUAAGAUGGGUAAAACCUGGAAGAUGAGUCGCUGCAGUAGCUCUUUGUCUCAUAACAGCGACACAUUGUUUGAGAUUCUGCUUAGAGUAGAUCCCGAAUGUAUCUUUGAAUACCUUCUUGUUUCGAAGGAAUGGCUGAAGGUGAUAACAAGUCCUUCUUUUCGGAGAACUUAUUCCAAGAAAUGGAAGGACUGCAAUCCCAAACUUGUGGGAUUUUGGGUUAAUGAUUGUAUAGUUCAAUUUUCUCAAGAAUCCUAUGGCCUGCAUUAUCAAAUACCACCUGCUGUCCAGUUGUUGCCUACAAGCAAAGUAGGACGUUUUAUCAAUCAAAGCAAAAUCAUGGGUGAUGCUGGUUAUUUUAUGGCUGCUACAUCUAAAGAUGGUCUCAUACUAUCUGGUAUUAGCCCAAAGAUGUAUUAUGUCAGCAAUCCUCUCACCCAGCAACGAAUUCGAUUGCCUCCACCUCCCCUGCAUUUUGAGCAUGUCUCUACAGCAAUCCUGUCAUCCGAGGAGGAAUUCCUUGAUAUUUGUGAAACAAUCAGAAACUUUAAGUUUAUAUAUGCAAAAGCGACGAACCCUGAUCAUUUUGAAUCAGGUCGAAGCUCUGUUUCUAUUCACACUUUCUAUUCAUCAACAGGCAAGUGGAAUUCAUCGACACUCAAUUGCUCCACAGAUUUUCAACUGCUCCCUGGAGGUGCUGGGGUGGCUAGGGGUGUUAUUUACUGGAAUGCUAUAUCCAAUGGUCGUGGUUUCCUGGCUGCACAUGAUACUAAGAAUCAUCAUGAGAAUGGAUGUCGCAUCCAUUUGAUUGAGCAACCUAUCCGCGAAAAACUCGAUUCAUUCAGUGAUCUUGAAACAUUCAAUGCCAGGUGCCUCGGAAUUUAUGAUGCAGCGUCUCCUGAAGGCUUUCUCCAUUAUGCUGAGGCUGAUUUCAAACUCCUUUGCAUUUGGGUUUUUGAUGACAACAAUUUAGAAGAUGAUGAAGUACAACAAAAGGUUGAACCCUCAGUCAUUUCAAAUAGUCGCUGGAGUUUGUGCUACAAGAUAGAUCUUAUUUCAAUGAGAUUGAGAAAUUCAGUAGCAUUGAAGUCAUGGUGUAUUAAAAUUGCACCAGACACGCCAUUUGAAUUCAUAUCUUUUGUUCCAGGAAGAUCAGACUCCAUUUUUAUAAGGUGGGAAAAACAAUUUUUUGUCUAUCAUAUUGAUAGAGAAAAGUUGGAACGGAUAUGUUUUUAUCUCGAUGAACAUCAUCAUCCAUCUUUGAAAUUACAAGACUUCUGGUGGCUACUCAGGCACGUACCUUUGACACUAUCGGGAUGCUGGCCUUCAUUGCCCUCUUCUAUCUUCCAUGAAAAAGACGGAUAGAAAUCUGUAUUACGUAGUGAGAUUAUAAUGUUAUUCGUUUUCUUCUUCACCAUAAGAAUAUCUCUUCCCUGUAGCUAGCACUCAACAAUUCAAACUGAUUUGUUAGUUGUUACCCUUAAGAUUGUAAUAACGAGUAUGCUAUGAAUUAUUCAUUCUUUCUCUCUUGUUAGAUAAUUGUAGGGUGUUCUAUAGUCAAUCUUCCCAAGGUUUGUAUUUGGUUGGGUACAUGCAAUUUUGUUAUUCCACUAGCAAGUUUAUUUUAAUUUUCAUCGAUAGAUGAAGAGUAUGCCAAAGUAGUCAAGCUCACACUAUGCUUAUAGUAUUGUACUACUCACUAGCUACAUACAUUUAAUCAAGUAUCAAGUAGGUCGUACGGUCUCUGGUUUAAAAUUUUUGUUUUCAUCGGGAAGUUUUGUCGAGAUUGUAAUUAACUUGGUUGAAGAAAAUGUAACAAGGCAUUCCUUAACAAAACAAAUGAUUGUUGUCUUCUAAACUGUGUUGACA